AAGUUUAUCGCCUACUUGCCAAAGAACCAGGAAAUAGUCAUGAUAUUUUAAUAGGCGACUCGCACUUGAUUUUAGUCAUUGUGAUAUACUUACUUUCUAUUACUUUCGAGGUCGACGGAGUUUGUUGCAGUUAUGGCGUCGUUAUUCAAGAAAAAGACCGUUGAUGAUGUCAUUAAAGAACAGAACAAAGAGCUGCGGGGAACGCAGAGACAGAUCGCAAGAGACCGGACAGCACUGGAAAGACAGGAAAAACAGCUGGAGAUGGAAAUCAAGAAAAUGGCAAAGACCGGGAACAGAGAUGCCUGUAAAGUUUUAGCCAAGCAGCUUGUUCAAGUGAGGAAACAGAAAACACGUUCAUAUGCCGUCAGCUCUAAGGUCACCUCCAUGUCAACACAAACCAAGCUAAUGAACUCCCAAAUGAAGAUGGCUGGAGCCAUGGCUACAACCACCAAAACAAUGCAAGCUGUUAACAAAAAGAUGGAUCCGAAGAAGACAAUGCAGACCCUGCAGAACUUCCAGAAAGAGACCGCAAAGAUGGACAUGACAGAAGAGAUGAUGAAUGACACGCUGGAUGAGAUCUUUGAGGAUUCUGGUGAUGAGGAAGAAUCUCAGGAUAUUGUGAAUCAGGUGUUGGAUGAAAUUGGAAUUGAGAUCUCAGGAAAGAUGGCUCAUGCCCCUUCAGCUGCCCGAAAGCAACCAAGUUCCGCUAAAUCCAAAGCAGAUGGGAUAUCAGAUGAGGAGAUUGAGAGACAGCUCAAAGCUCUUGGAGUAGACUAGUACACACACACACACACACCUGGUUACUGCCUGGCAACACACAAACACACAUAACACUACAUUCAUACUCAAUACAAAUACAUAGACAAAGAUGAUGAUACAUGGACCCUCCAAAAGCUUACAGUCACAGUCACGGACUUGCCUACUCUGGGAUAAUGUGCCACAGAUGGCAAAUGCAAUUUUUUAUUAUUUAUUUAUGACAAUAAGAGAUGACUAUCGAAGUUGAUUGGUACUCUUUGAUGUGAAUCACUGUUUCAUCUGGCUUUAGAAGGACGAAAAUAAAAAUAAAACGUUUGAAUACA